GUUACCUGAAUACGCUGCGUAUUGGUCAAUACGCAGCGUAUAUAAGUGGUAGGUACACGACCAGACAGUCAAACCUAGUACCAUGUCAAAUCAGUCUUAAAUAGGGUGCGUAUUGAUCAAUACGCAGCGUAUUGACAGACUGAUUUGACCUGAUACGAUGUUGUCCAGGGCACGUGAAUAAAGUAAUACGGUGAGUAGGGAUCAAUACGCUGCGUAUUGACAUGCCAGAUGAAAGUCUAUUUAUCCCUCCAUUCAUGUCUGUUACCCAUCAUCCGACAUAUACUUUGCUUUCCUUUUCAUAUACUUUGCUUUCCUUCAUCUUCUUCUUAAGUAAAUUGUUUGUUUUUUGUUCAACCUUGUUAAAAUGUCAUCAUUUUGGAAGGAUAAUUAUUUCGGUAAUCGCUAUUCUAACGACACAUGGGGAUCAAAUGCUGCCAAUGAGGAGGAGGAGGUUGUGUCUGGAGUCCCUGUUGAUCAAGAAACACAGUUGCCAGACUUGAACAAGACUCCCACUCCACCUGUUGAUGAACCAAAUUACCCGGUGCAUCAAGUGUGUUCAGAUUACGGAUACGGGUAUGAAUCUCCGUACGUGCAACAAAGUGGAUACGGUGCUGAGAAUGCACCUGUUGAUGAACCAAAUUAUCCGGUGCAUCAAGUGUGUCCAGAUUACGGAUACGGGUAUGAAUCUCCGUACGUGCAACAAAGUGGAUACGGUGCUGAGAAUGCACCUGUUGAUGAACCAUAUUACCCGUCGCAGCCAUCGUAUCCGGGUUAUGGGGUAUACGGGGACGAAGGUGGAUACGGAAGUUACAGUGGAUACGGUGGUGAUGGUGGAUACGGGGGUGAAGGUGGUUACAGUGGAUAUGGGGGCUACAGUGUAUACGACAGUGUAUACGAUAGAUAUAGGGAUGAAGUUGGAUAUGGUUAUGAGUCCCGUAACACAUCACUUUAUGAACCAUCUACCCCGAGCAAUCCAUUUCAAGUAAAUGAGCGUUUCAUGUCUCUAACUGAUUUGAAGAAUUGGGUACAAGAAACGGGAAAGGAUAAUGGUUACGUAAUUGUUACCCGCCGAUCAAAAAAUAUUGGCGGUACUACUGGGAUGGUAUGGCUUGUGUGCGACCGUAGUGGUGAACACCGUAGUAAAGCAACAGUUAGGAAAGCUGGUAGCAAAAAAAUCGGCUGCCCGUUUUCAUUACUCGCCAUCCGGGACGUGACGAACGACACGUGGGAGUUAAAAGUGGACUGUGCGAACCAUAACCACGAACCUACGACGAGUCUGUUGGGCCACGCUUUUGUGCGAAGAUUCACUAAAGCCGAAUACAAGCUAGUGGAGCAGCUAACUGCUCAAAACAUGGAGCCACGUAUCAUAUUUCAAACCCUAAGAAAGCAGUUCCCCGACAGCCUGCACGUUCAGAAAGACGUGCAAAAUGCGGUACAAAAAAUUAGAGCGACAAUAAUGGACGGAAAGAAUCCUAUUCAGGCACUGGAAAGCCUGCUGCAUGACCGCCGAUUCAUUUACGACACCCGACAAGAUCCCAAAACAGAUGUCGUAACAGAGAUUUUCUUUGUUCAUCCUUAUUCAAUCACUAUGUGGCGUGCAUUCCCGCACGUGAUGUUGAUCGACGCGACCUACAAAACAAACCUCUACAACAUGCCAUUUGUCCAGGUUGUGGGUAUGACGUCGACUGGGAAGUCUUUUUGUAUCGCACAUGCCGUUAUUUGUAAGGAACGAAGGGGUAACUACGUGUGGGUGCUUGAGCGGAUCAAGUCAAUAUUGCAUGAAUGUAUGAUGUCGCGUGUGAUAGUCACGGAUAGGGAGCUUGCCCUGAUAAACGCGUGUUCUAAAGUAUUCCCGAACGCAAAAAGGCUUCUAUGCCACUUUCACAUCCAACAAAAUAUAGCUAGAAAGUGCAAGGAAGGGUUCGAUAAAGAAGAUUGGGGGAAAUUUAUGUCGUACUGGCGGACAUUGUGCGAAUCUUCAUCAGAGCCCAUGUACAAGUACAACUUGGAGAAAAUGUAUAACCGACUCGUGGUUGCCAACCGAGAAAGUGUCUAUGAUUACGUCUACGAAAACUGGCUCAAAGACUAUAAAGAAAUGUUCGUUUAUGCGUGGACCGAUAAGUGUCGCAACUUUGGUCAGCGCACCACCAACAGAGUUGAGAGCCAGCACGCAAAUUUAAAAAGAUACAUUACGCGCGGGAGUUCAUUGGAGCGAAUAGCAAGAUGCAUCAUUGAUAUAGUUGAAACUCAGUAUGAUGAAAUACAAAAAAGUUUCACUGAGAGCAUCGAAAAAACGAUGAACCACCAUAGACACCGAAUGUUGGACAACCUACGUGGAAAGGUUUCCCAUGAAGCACUUGAUUUGCUGGAAAAAGAGCUACUGAGGAAGAUGGAUGUGUUGCGGAAACUUAACGCAUCAUGUGGUUGCCAUAUGUGGCUUAGCAAAGGAUUGCCGUGUGCUUGUAGACUGGAAAACUACAACCGUACAGGGCGUAUAAUACAACUCGACGAGAUAGAUGUAUUCUGGCGCAAGCUUGACUUGCUCCCUUGUAAACUGGUAGACGAGGAGGUCGAUAUUGUAGCAGAGCUCAAUAAUGUGCGGCAACAUUUAGAGGCGCAGUCCCCCGUUCAACAAAAGAUUUGUAUACCUAUUGAGAAAACCGUCCGUGGAGGAGAACAAUCGUUCUCUGCCACCACCGUCUCACGUAUGGUGUACAAUAAUAAUGACUCAGCUGCUGCUAUGGAGUCUCUUACUCAACAGCUGCUAUUGAGUCUUCUAGUCAACAAAGUUUUUGCCGCAAGUUUACCGCAUAAAACCGUCCGUGGAGGAGAACAAUCGUUCUCUGCCACCACCUUCUCACGUAUGGUGUACAAUAAUAAUGACUCAACUGCUGCUACGGAGUCUCCUACUCAACGGCUGCUAUUGAGUCUUCUAGUCAACAAAGUUUUUGCCGCAAGUUUACCGCAUUUAUCCGAUGAUAAUGACGAAGGAGAUGGGCAAACAACACAAGAACACUACUUCAUGCCUUCUGUUGAGAACCCAGUAGGUUCUUCGUCUCAAUUUGUAGUUGGCGACGACAAUAAUGACGGCUUUGAUGACUCAAAAGUUUACAGCACCGAAGAUUGUCCACAUGACGACCCACAAGAGGAUACGGAGCUUAGGGAUUACAUUUGUCCGGAUUAUGAAGAUAAUCCCAUGGACAUAUGGAAUCCAAAAGCAAAACACAUUCGUCUGGGUCUAGCGGAGUUAAAGGAGCUUUUCGGGAGCUUUACAGGUCACCGGGAUGAAAAACGAACCACCGGGAUGUGCAACAGGUCAACCGGAAGCAAGGAACGUGUAAAACAGAGUUUCAAAGUUUGUAUACCUAUUGAGAAAACCGUCCGUGGAGGAGAACAAUCGUUCUCUGCCACCACCUUCUCACGUAUGGUGUACAAUAAUAAUGACUCAACUGCUGCUACGGAGUCUCCUACUCAACGGCUGCUAUUGAGUCUUCUAGUCAACAAAGUUUUUGCCGCAAGUUUACCGCAUUUAUCCGAUGAUAAUGACGAAGGAGAUGGGCAAACAACACAAGAACACUACUUCAUGCCUUCUGUUGAGAACCCAGUAGGUUCUUCGUCUCAAUUUGUAGUUGGCGACGACAAUAAUGACGGCUUUGAUGACUCAAAAGUUUACAGCACCGAAGAUUGUUCCUAA